AACAGGGCAAAUACAGGCUACAUAACUCAAGAAGGACUUGAAUUGAAGAGCUUCAGAUUAUGUCUCAACUGGGUUUGUCUAGAUCAGUCCAGCUUAUGGAGAGUUAGUCUCUCCUGGUCCCUCUUUUUCGUGCUUGCCAUUGGAGUUCCUAUUGUGUCACACUUUGUGCUUUUAUGCUCCAACUGUGAUAAGAAGCAUCAAAGGCCUUACGAUGGGUUGGUACAGUUAUCCCUUUCUUCUUUUGCAGCGAUUUCUUUUAUUAGUUUGUCUUCUUGGGCUCGAAAAUAUGGAAUCAGGAAGUUCCUAUUCUUGGAUAAAUUGUGUGACGUGAGUGAUAAGGUUCGACAAGGAUAUGCACAGGAGCUUCAGAAAUCAAUGAAGCUCCUCUCUGUAUUUGUCCUCCCCUGUCUUGCUGCUGAGGGUGCAUACAGAAUUUGGUGGUAUGCCACAGGAGCCAGCCAAAUACCGUAUUUUGGCAACAUAUAUGUGAGUGACAUCAUUGCAUGCACAUUGCAGCUGUGCUCGUGGCUUUAUCGAACAUCCGUUUUCAUCCUAGCCUGCAUCUUUUACCAACUGACAUGCCAUCUGCAAAUACUUCGAUUGGAAGACUUUGCUCAAGUUUUUCAAAAGGAAACUGAAGUAGGUUCAAUCUUGGCUGAACACCUCAGGAUAAGAAGAAAUCUUCGGAUAAUUAGCCACCGCUUUCGGUUAUUUAUUUUGUCGUCACUGGUGUUGGUCACUGCAAGUCAGUUCAUCGCUUUGCUCAUGACCACUCGAACCAGUACUACGGUCAAUAUCUACGAGGCUGGAGAACUUGCGUUAUGCUCCAUAAGUCUGGUAACAGGACUAUUCAUCUGCUUGAGGAGUGCAACAAAGAUUACUCAUAGAGCACAGUCUAUUACAAGCCUUGCUGCGAAGUGGCAUGCCUGUGCCACAAUAAACUCUUUUGAUGAUGCUGAUGGUGAGACUCCCACAACUCAGAUUGUUUCUCCUCCAAUGUUUCCUGCUGAUGUUGAUUGGGAAUCAGAAGAAGAAGAUGGAGAGAAUGAUUUGGACAAUACAAAGCUAGUGCCCAUUUUUGCACACACAAUCUCUUUCCAAAAGAGACAGGCUUUGGUGACAUAUCUGGAACACAACAGAGCAGGAAUUACAGUGUUUGGUUUCAUGGUAGACAGAACAGGAAUCCACACAAUAUUUGGGAUUGAACUAGCUUUACUGCUUUGGCUGCUUAAUAAGACAAUAGUAAAUUUGACAUGAAUACCCUAUACCUUGGAGAGGAGAGCUCAAUACCAGCAUCAUCGCUGCUACCAAAUUGCAAAAAUAUAUGCUGUAAGUUGAGAGGGGUGAUCCGAUUUCUCAAUUUGAGUGUUAGCAUGCAAAGAAGCAUAUUACCGGUUAGAAGAAAAUGGAAAUCUCUAGGAGUGAACAAGAUUCUGAUGGUUGCCUGGAUGUCAAGCACAAGUUCAUAUCUCAAAUCCAUGUCUAUAUUCUAUAUUUGGUACUUAAGCAAGCCCUUGUAUAAAUUGUUUGUGGCACUUGCUAUGUUAUGAAAAAUUACUUCGGUGUGAUGACCUAAGAUAUGUAAAAGAGUUCAUUUUCUGCUGAAGCGAUUAAUAUGGUAAGAGGUUCAAUAUCUUUGUAUUUUGUAGAAGUUUUACCAAUAUUGACCUGCAUAAUCAGUUUGCAUUACGAGUUACACCAGCCUCAAGGAAUAAAAUGAAUUCAAUAAAAGAAAAUGGUUGGCC